AUGAAGGACAAUGCCCAUACCGUUCAUCAUGUUCACAAACAUCACGGGCAUGUGCAUGUUCAUCAUAGUAAAAAAGACAACCAUCAUUUGCAGUCGAAACAUCACCACCAUGAGGGCCAUGAAGAUCACAUAAAUAUUACUGCCGAGUCUACUGGGCUACCUCCAAAAUACUCGGAUCACCAUAAUAGUCACCAGCAUAACAAUAACAAUAGCAAUAACAACAACCACCCUUUACCACCUCUUUAUACAGCCAAGUCAGAAAAUCAGCCUGCAAUUGGUCUUGGGGAUAAUGGUCAAACGACAGCCAGUAAGGCUGUAUUAUCCCCACUUGGGUCCAGUGGCAAUGAUACAUCAACAGAUGGUGGACAAUAUUGCUUUCAAGAGCAGGAUGAGCCUCAAUUUUAUAAUGAAGAAGAGGGGGAGAUGGAAGUUCAAGAGGAAGGGGAAGGAGACGAAGAAGAAGAGGAUGAGAAGAAUCAUCAGGAUGAAGAGGAUUUACAAGACUAUUGUAAAGGUGGGUACCAUCCAGUGCAUGUUGGCGAGUUGUUCAAAAAUGGACAGUAUGAAAUUAUCCGUAAACUUGGAUGGGGUCAUUUCUCUACUGUGUGGCUUGCGAGAGAUUUGAAGUCAACUGCUGAUGAUGACAAGCCAAAACAUGUAGCAUUAAAGGUAGUUCGGUCUGCUGCGCAUUAUACCGAAACGGCUCUCGAUGAGAUCAGUUUAUUACAACAGGUGGUAAAAGCAAAUCCAGAUCAUCCUGGAAGGCAAUAUGUCGUGAGGUUGUUGGAUAGUUUUAAACACAAGGGCCCAAAUGGUACGCAUGUGUGCAUGGUUUUUGAAGUUUUAGGAGAAAAUCUUUUAGGGCUUAUCAAGCGAUAUGAGCACAAGGGCAUUCCAGUACCACUAGUAAAGCAAAUAACGAAGCAAGUGCUAUUGGGAUUGGAUUAUUUGCAUCGUGAAUGUGGUAUAAUUCAUACGGAUCUGAAGCCGGAAAAUGUCUUAAUUGAAAUUGGCGAUGUUGAAGCCAUUGUCCAAAAGCUUCAUGAACAGGAACAGGAGGAGCGAAAUAACUCUGCCACUUCAACCCCAAAACAAUCUUCACGUGAUAGUAGGACGGGCCGCAGAGCUAGUAGACGAAAAUCGGUGGUCACGGGUUCGCAACCACUGCCGAGCCCAAUAAACUCCCAGCACUCGAUGGCAUCGCUUGGUAAUUCUUCAUCUUCGCUAUCGUCGUUUUCGUUCAAAAGCUUGUCACGGUCUUCUACAAAUACCGAGCCUAUAGAGGGAAAGCUGCUGUCAAUAUCUUUGGAUGGCAAGAAUAACGGUGAGCAUGAGCAGCAAAUUGCAAAGGAUCAGGAACAGCCGAAGGGAGAGGACAUACUCUCCGACACUAAAACUGACCUAAUAUCUUCGUCUUCUCUUCGUAAACCACCGUCGUCGUCAAAUAUUGCUGCGGCUAUAAUGGCGUCGGCAUCAGCCAACGCCAGUCCUACGCGAACCACACCAGAACCUGUAGCGCCAGCAUCUCCAGACCCAUUAGAGGGACUAAUCUCGGUAAAAAUUGUUGACCUUGGAAAUGCAUGCUGGGUAGAUCAUCAUUUUACGAAUGACAUCCAGACUCGUCAGUACCGGGCUCCAGAGGUCCUUUUAGGAUCGUACUGGGGUGCAUCUGCGGACACUUGGAGUAUGGCAUGUAUGACUUUUGAGUUACUUACUGGCGAUUACCUCUUUGAUCCUCGUUCGGGUAGCAAAUAUUCGAAGGAUGAUGACCAUAUUGCUCAAAUCAUUGAAUUGAUGGGUAAGAUCCCACUGGAGGUUAUUCUUACUGGCAAAUGGACUAGCGAAUUUUUCAAUCGAAAAGGACAGUUGAGAAAUAUUCAGAAACUUCGACUAUGGAAAUUAACCGACGUACUUAAAGAGAAAUAUCAUUACUCGGAAGAGGAGUCAGAGCUCUUGGCAAGCUUUUUGGAACCUAUGCUAGCUCUAAACCCCAAGAAGCGAGCAGACGCUGGUGGUAUGUUGGGACAUCCUUGGAUAAAAGACAGUCCUGGAAUGGGGAACGUUGCAAUCGCUCGACAGCUAGGGAGCAUAGGUGAAGAUAUUCCGGGAUGGGCUUGUGAAGCUCGCAAGAAAUGA